GGCAGUUGUAGGAUCAUGGUCUUGCCUGCAUUGUCAGAAAUGCUUGUCAGUUCUCUCUUCGUUUGCUAUGCAAAUGAUACAUCUGCAUGUCUUUAUAGCACUCUUCAGCCCGUGGAGCAGCGUGCAGUGCUUGAUUCUCAAUCAAACUCUGAAACCAUGGCGAGUCCUGCGAAGGACAACUAUCGAAUGAAGAGCUACAAGAACAAAGCCCUGAAUCCCGAAGAAAUGCGUCGGAGAAGAGAAGAGGAAGGGAUUCAGCUGCGCAAACAGAAACGAGAGCAACAGCUCUUCAAAAGAAGAAACGUGGAGUUGAUCAGUGAAGAUGCCUCCAUGUUCGACAGCCUCCUGGUGGAUUCCUACAUUAGUUCCACAACGUGCGGGGAGGGAGUGAUCACGAGAGAGAUGGUAGAGAUGCUUUUCUCAGAUGACCCUGACCUACAGCUUGCAACAACUCAGAAAUUCAGGAAGUUACUCUCCAAAGAGCCCAAUCCUCCAAUAGAUGAAGUGAUCAACACCCCAGGAGUGGUGGACAGGUUCGUCGAAUUCCUGAAAAGAAGUGAAAAUUGCACAUUACAGUUUGAAGCAGCGUGGGCACUGACGAACAUUGCAUCAGGAACUUCCCAGCAGACAAAAAUAGUCAUUGAGGCCGGGGCGGUUCCGAUAUUUAUAGAGCUGUUAAACUCUGACUUUGAGGAUGUCCAAGAGCAGGCUGUCUGGGCAUUGGGGAACAUUGCUGGAGACAGCUCUGUGUGUAGAGAUUAUGUCCUUAACUGCGCUAUCCUUCCUCCCUUAUUAAUGCUCCUCACAAAGUCCACCAGGUUGACGAUGACACGAAAUGCUGUCUGGGCCUUGUCAAACCUGUGCAGAGGGAAGAGUCCACCACCAGAGUUUGAUAAGGUAUCUCCCUGCCUGCCGGUCUUGUCCCGAUUGUUGUUCAACAGUGACUCUGACUUGCUGGCAGAUGCCUGCUGGGCUCUUUCCUACUUGUCAGAUGGCCCCAAUGAGAAGAUUCAAGCCGUUAUUGACUCGGGAGUGUGUCGGCGACUAGUGGAGCUGUUAAUGCACAAUGACUACAAAGUGGCAUCCCCAGCUUUGCGAGCAGUCGGCAACAUCGUGACGGGGGACGACAUCCAGACCCAGGUGAUUCUGAACUGCUCAGCCUUGCCUUGUCUCCUUCAUUUAUUAAGUAGUCCCAAGGAAUCCAUCAGGAAAGAAGCCUGCUGGACUAUAUCCAACAUCACGGCAGGGAACAGAGCACAGAUACAGGCAGUCAUAGACGCAAACAUUUUCCCGGUACUGAUAGAAAUCUUGCAGAAAGCAGAAUUCCGCACAAGGAAAGAGGCAGCAUGGGCUAUCACAAACGCAACGUUGGGAGGAACACCCGAACAGAUCAGGUACCUCGUGAACUUGGGCUGCAUCAAGCCUCUUUGUGACCUGCUGACUGUUAUGGACUCUAAGAUCGUGCAGGUGGCAUUGAACGGCCUGGAGAACAUCCUGAGGCUCGGGGAGCAGGAGGCCAACCAGAGCGGGACGGGCAUCAACCCCUACUGCAGCCUGAUCGAGGAGGCCUACGGCUUGGAUAAGAUAGAGUUCCUACAGAGCCAUGAGAACCAAGAGAUCUACCAGAAGGCCUUUGACCUGAUUGAGCACUACUUUGGAUCAGAGGAUGACUCCGCUUUGGCUCCCCACGUUGAUGAGAACCAGCAGCAAUUCAUCUUCCAGCAAGCCGAAGCUCCCAUGGAAGGUUUCCAGCUAUAACGUGCCCGGGGGAAAAGAACACCGCAAACUUGCCGGAAAGCAACUGGGAGCAGCUGAUCGUCCCCUCCCCUCCGUGCAAAUGGAAGGUGAAAGACCCACUCCGCCUGUCUGGAAAGAGCUCUUCCUUCCAACGACCAGGAACAGUGCUUUGGCCUCAUAGAGAAGGGGAUGUUCUCACUUCUGUUCUUUUUGCUGCUGCGUACAUGUCCUUAUGGCAGGCGUUGGGGUGGAGGAAGGACACUGAGGUAACAGGUUGCACCUCUUGGGUUUUCUCUUUGUGGUGAUCUCUCCCAAAUGUCACUUCUUACCUCGGGUACUUGAGGUUUCAGCGUUGGGUUGGGUAAGAACACACACAUAAAGCAAGCGUUCUGACAGCAGUAAUUCUGGAAAGCUGGGUUGAUCUAUUUAAUUUUUUUGCACAUGUUACUCUUUAUUAAAGACUCUAAUUUGCCAAGAGCAAAACUUAGCCCUGGCCUUUCUGCGAGCUCCCCCUUCAGCGGAGGCCGAGCUCCUCUCAAACUCACUGCAAAUGGACUGAGAAAUGGGAAGUUCUCCUGCUCCUGGGAAGACUUUUUGAAGGGGAAGGUUGCUUCCCUUUGUUUAGAGGGUUUUUUUUUUUUGUUUUCUGAAGAACUGUGAGGGGUGUUUACAAGGAGAAAAUAAAAAGCACCAGAACCCCAAAGAUGGUACGGUUGGAAAGGGUGGGAUGUGGGGUAGGUUCGAAAGGGGAAGCACAGGUUUCAUUUGCAUCACUACUGACUGAAGUAGCAGAACUGAAAUGGUGAGAAACCACCUUCAUCUUUAUUUGAAAUACUACUUUUUCCUGAGAACGUGGUUUGAGUUCUGGGUUUUUUCUGCCUUGGUGUAGGAUUGGAGCAUUUUCUGGAAGAGGACGCGACAGAGGCGUUGUGUGCAGUGUUAACCUCAGUAGCAACAGGGCUCGAGUUUUCAGGUUUACCUCCUGCUCACAGUUGGACCGUGUACAUUUUACUUCAAAAAAAGUAAAAUCUCUGUAUUUUUUAUAUUAUAUAUAGAUAGAUAUUUGUCUAAUUGGGCUGCAGAGAAAAAUAUAUAUGAAAUGGCUGUAAUUUAUGUAAAUAGAGCGCUGUGAGGCAGGCAGACCUGGCAACUACGGCCCCUGCUGCUUCUCCUCUCUUCCUCAGUGCUGUCUUUGCUCCUCUGCCCGGUUUCCCUUCCUUCGCCGGGGGUUUUGGUGGAAAAAUGGGGCUGGGAAAGAAGAAAAUCGCUGCUGGGGCGUGAAAUCAAUAAACUC